ACGGCUACGACGGGAGUCGAGACGAACGAUGAUGGAGCUGCGUCCACCUGAGAAACUGCGCUCGUUAUGAUGAUUGCGGACGCUCGCAGCGACGAUUGCCUCCUGCUGCGUCAUCACGAACUCGUCAUGUAGCGACACAAUCCGCACACAUACGAUGUGAAUCGGAUGCUCGCAACUCGUGAAGCUAACUGUUAGCUCAGUCACAGAGCUGCUCAUGAUGAUGAUGAUGAUGAUGAUGACGAAGAGGAGGAAGAGACCUUAAUGUCUGAUCAGCGACGGAGUGUUCGGUCAUCAAAUACAGACAUGGCGUCGCAGCUUCAGGUGUUCUCCUCACCUUCUGUGUCCUCCAGUGCCUAUUCUCGCUCAAAGAGGCUCAAAGUAGAGAACCCUGCCUGGGAUGUGUCCAGCCAGCUCGGAGACAAUGGUUAUUACCAGCAGAGUCCCAGCCAGGGAGCUGCACCCUCCACUUCUGGCUCUAACUUCAACCCAGUGUACAACCUCAACCAGGUUCAUCUGCCUGCUGCAGGUUCACGGGAGCAGACAGUGGUGCGGGCAGCGGACAGCACAGGCAGCCUUCGUGGACCUCCCUCCUCCACCUCGUCCACCUCCUCCAGCCGCCGCAUCAAGGACGCCACGUCGUCCUCGCAGCCGUGCGACCUCUACCACAAGCAGUACAGCUUGAAGCGGAAAAGUGAGGAGGUGGACAGCAGUGACAGCGUCCAGAUACUGGAAGAGCUCUCGGCACCUGUCGUCUCAAACCGCGCUGGUGGUGGGGGAGGGACCACCACUGCUCAAUCCAUAGCACAUUCCACUUCUACCACAAAGAGCAGCAACUCCCACAGCGAGGGCGACUACCAGCUGGUCCAGCAUGAGAUCCUGUGCUCGAUGUCAAACAGUUACGAGGUGCUCGAGUUCCUAGGGCGCGGCACUUUUGGUCAGGUGGCGAAAUGCUGGAAGCGCGGCACAAAUGAGAUCGUGGCCAUCAAAAUCUUGAAGAAUCACCCCUCUUACGCUCGGCAAGGACAAAUAGAAGUGAGCAUCCUCAGCAGACUGAGCACAGAGAACGCCGACGAGUUCAACUUUGUCCGCUCAUACGAGUGUUUCCAGCACAAGAACCACACGUGCCUUGUGUUCGAGAUGCUGGAGCAGAACCUGUACGACUUCCUGAAGCACAGCAAGUUCAGCCCGCUGCUGCUCAAAUGCAUUCGGCCCAUUCUGCAGCAGGUGGCCACGGCGCUGAUGAAGCUGAAGAGCCUGGGGCUGAUCCACGCCGACCUGAAACCCGAAAACAUCAUGCUGGUCGAUCCUUUGAGGCAGCCGUACCGAGUGAAAGUGAUCGACUUUGGCUCCGCCAGCCACGUGUCUAAAGCGGUUUGCUCCACCUACCUGCAGUCGCGGUACUACAGAGCUCCAGAGAUCAUCCUGGGACUUCCUUUCUGUGAAGCAAUCGACAUGUGGUCUUUAGGAUGCGUCAUUGCGGAGCUGUUUUUGGGAUGGCCCCUUUAUCCUGGUGCAUCAGAGUAUGAUCAGAUACGUUACAUUUCCCAGACCCAGGGUCUUCCAGCAGAGUACCUGCUGAGUGCAGGAACCAAGACCUGCCGCUUUUUCAACAGAGGGCCCGACUCAAGCUACCCACUCUGGAGACUGAAAACGCCCGCGGAACACGAGGCAGAGAUGGGGAUCAAAUCAAAGGAGGCGCGUAAAUACAUCUUCAACUGCCUUGAUGACAUGAUGCAGGUGAACAUGACAAACCUGGAGGGGACAGACAUUUUGGCAGAGAAGGCCGACAGACGGGAGUUCAUAGACCUGUUGAAGAAGAUGCUGACGCUGGACGCAGACAAACGCAUCACGCCCGUGAAAACCCUGAACCACCCGUUUGUUACCAUGACACACCUGCUGCACUUCCCUCACAGCUCACAUGUGAAGUCCUGCUUCCAAAAUAUGGACAUAUGCAAACGCCGAUGCAGCGCCUUUGAGAAUGGAAAAAAUAUGUUUGCCAACAACAACACCCCAAGUGCAGCCACCAACCUCACUGUCACCUUUAGUAGCCAACUAAACCAGCACAACCAGAUGUCCUCCACAGGAGGCCAGUCUCUGUCUCUCAGCAGUAACGUCCCACUGCUGAACUACCAGCCUGGCCUCUACCAGCAGGCUACCAUCAACAUCCCUGGCCUGACCCAGCAGGGUGUUCCCCUGCAGACCAGACCCACCCAGCUCUGUGCCCAGACCGAACCCUUCCAGCAGACACUCAUCGUGUGUCCCCCCACCAUCCAGGGUCUUCAAACAUCCAAUAAGCCCUCUGGUUAUCCUGUGAGGAUGGACAACUCGGUGCCCUUAGUUCCUCCGAACCAGUCAUCCCAGUCUCUUCACAUCCAGCCUGGCAUGCUGACACAGCAGGGCUGGCCAGCAGGCACUCAGCAGAUACUCAUCCCUUCCACCUGGCAGCAGAUGCCAGGCAUGGCCAUCCACAACCCUGGGCAGACCGUAGUGCCCGACUCACCCAUGGGAGCAUCUGUCUCUGACAGUCAACAAGCCUCCGGCUGGAGGGGUCGUCGUGGGAGCCAGUAUGAUGGUGUCAACCAGCAGGACUCUGGUGCUGGCCGUCUCCAAAACCACAACUCAGGGGCCACUCACUCGAGAGCCCAACAGGGCAAGAGGUCAAAGGCUCGACAUGCUGAGCGCAGAGCCAGAUCUGUGUCAUCGGUGCAUUCAGCCACCACUGUGGUGAACAACACCUCAACAUGUGCUGGCGACCAGACUCAGCCCAUUGUGAUCUCUGACACGCCCAGUCCUGCCGUCAGCAUCAUCACCAUCCACAGUGACUCAGAGGAUGACGACGACAGGAAGUUCACUGCUGCAUGCUCUGGAACGAGCCAGAGGACCAACGUGAUCAGUUGUGUGACAGUACAUGACUCUCAUGACUCUGACUCCUCCACCAGCAGCCCCCUCAGCCCUAAGAGCAGCUCACAGCCCAGCAAGUCUCUGGCUGUCAUCCUGCCCUCUGUGAAGAGCCAGCCAGGAGAGAGUACAACCCACAAAGCUCCAGCAACUCCAGUUCAAGCUGUAAGUGGCUUUGGAAAGUCAAAGAAGGGAUCGACAGUUCAGUCCAGUCGGCCCGGAGAUUCCAACACGGAUCGGCAUCAGCGGGCGGCUUCCAGCAGAUCUCAGCCUCUUAACCUGAGUCAGGUACAGCAGUCGGUAAUGUCAUCAUCCCAUGAACAAACAGUAACCAGUAUCUCCCUGAGGCGUCAGCCCACGUAUCCCCCUCCGGUCUCGUCCCACUCGACCUACCGCCCCCAUGAGAGCACCCUUUUCACCUCGACCCCCAACCUGUAUGCCUACCCGGCAUCAGCCGCGUUGGCCUCCGUGUCUCAGGCUGUGGACCAAAUGCACGCCGGUUCGUCCCGCCACAUCAGAGCGGGUGGAGCGUACCCCUCACUCGCGCUGCUGCAGAAGAACAGCAACUUGGCCCUGGGAGGUUCUACUCCGGGGCAGUUCACCAACCACCCCCAACAGCACCAUCAUCAGCAGCCGCAUCUGGGGGAGCAGCCGUUCCAUCGCUCCAGUGCGGCUUAUCAACGAAAACUCAACCAGUAUCCCUUCCUGUAAACACUGACGGAUGCUCUGCGCAAAGACCAAAUGAAGACCAAGACUAGAGAGGAGCACAAGCCUCGUUACAGGCAGGUGUGAUUUGACUUGUUCUCUGCUUCAGUUUUUAAUUUCCUUUACUGUCAAGCUUUCGUUUUAAGGAGCUUUUGCUGGUUAGUUUGGAUAAAAUAACCGUGGAAUGCAUUUGUAUUUUAAUCAUGUUCAGUUUUUAUUUUAAGCUAUUCCUUCCUUUGGAGUUAGUCAUGACACAAUCAGGAUCAGGACAGCGUAUGAAUCCACAUCAGAUAAACCAGACAGGAAUUGUUGCACUGUAUUUUUAUUCUAAACCUAGGGUGACCAACACAGUAAAUGAGGGACAAAGACAACGUGGGACGCCCGUAGAACACUGAGAAGUAGUGUAAAAUGUUGAUAGAUUGUCUAUUUACCUUAAAAAAAAUUAACACAGGAUAGACUGUAUGUAUCGAGUGCUUUAUAAAAGCUAUAGAUUAUAAAAUAUACCAACAGUUAAAGGCAAUUUUUCAAAAAAACGGAGGAAAACUAAAAUGUUACCCACACUUUGCAUCAUUUACAAGUAUAACAACAUCCAUCCAUUCAUUUUUUUUACUGCUUUAUCCUGCACAGGAGGGUCG